GAAAACAGCUUUAAUGCUAGUAUUAUGUAAACUCCUAAGGGACAGAUACAGUCUUGCAGCAGUUACAAAUGAUAUAUUCACAAAAGAAGAUGGAGAGUUCUUAAUAAAACAUGGAGCUCUUCCGGAGGAAAGGAUUCGAGCCGUGGAAACAGGAGGAUGCCCACAUGCUGCUAUAAGGGAAGAUAUAAGCAUUAACCUUGGACCUCUUGAGGAGCUUUCUAACUUGUACAAAGCAGAUAUAUUACUUUGUGAAUCUGGUGGAGACAACCUAGCUGCCAACUUCAGUAGGGAACUUGCUGAUUACAUAAUCUACAUAAUAGAUGUAUCAGGUGGUGAUAAAAUUCCUCGGAAAGGAGGUCCUGGAAUUACCCAAGCAGAUCUCCUUGUGAUAAAUAAAACCGAUUUGGCACCAGCUGUAGGAGCAGAUUUGUCUGUCAUGGAGCGUGAUGCACUUCGGAUGCGGGACGGUGGUCCUUUUGUUUUUGCUCAGGUGAAGCAUGGGGUUGGCGUAGAGGACAUAGUGAACCAUAUUUUACAAGCUUGGGUAGUUGCAACCGGCAAUAAGAAGCACUGAAAUGUCAACGAAAACUAGUACUCGAACAAUGUGUAUCUUUUGGCUUCUCCUAUGCCCAUCUGAUGUUCAAUUUCAUGUGUCUGGACUAAUGUAAUCUUCUCAAUAAUGUGCUUUUACAUAGUUUAUGUACCAAAAGUAUGUAGCUUACAAUUUUCUCAUAUUUAUUUUGGUUCGUUUGGUCAUUCUUCCUUCGCCUAAGUGUGAAAUGUUGCUCGAUAUUACUUGUUUCAUAGUGUUCUGCAGUCCUUUUUUGCUGACAAUAAAAACCAAAAUUUACAA